AUGUUUUGGAACACAGCUGCCCCAGCUAGAGUCCCGACGGACACCGUCGUUCCCUUCCGUUACUUUGACGAUACCCCGUUAUGGCGAUCUUUUAUACUAUAUUCCAUGUUUGCUUUUGACGACGUGCUUGAUCCCAAACGGCUUAGGGACGGCCUCGAAAGGCUAGCGAGACGCGACGGCUGGCAGAAAAUCGGGGCCCGGCUUCGUCGUAAUGUAAAAGGAGAGCUGGAAUAUCACGUGCCCGCGGCGUUUAGCCAAGAACGUCCAGCCAUCACCUACACUCAUGUUACACAUGACUUACCCGCUGCGGAACAUCCAAUUGCGUCGCGAUUACCCACAUCAACCACAGGACCGGCAAUAGUCUGCGACCCUGAUGAGUUUCGCAGUCUCUUCCAGCGUGAGGGCGCUCCAACCGAGUUGAACCAUUACUUGGAUGAGGAUAUACCCCAGAUCGGACUUCACAUCGUAUCGUUCAAAGACAAGACCCUCGUCACUCUGUACUGGCCACACACGUUGAUGGACGCCUUGGCCAAGCAAGCUUUUCUCAAAGCCUGGGUGUUGGUGCUCCAAGACCGUGCUGACGAGGUUGCCUUACCGGUAUCGGCCCACUCAGACCCUCUCUCCAAGCUUGGAAUACAUCCAAAUGAGCCUCAUAAGCUUUUGGCACAUCGCAUGUCAAUGCUCAACCUGGUCGGGUACGGGCUGAGCACGAUUUCCAACUUCUUCAACACCAAAGAGAAUCGCAUGGUCUGCGUACCAGCAGCCUUUGUCAAGCAACUGCGCAGCGAGGCCUACGCCGACCUCGUCGACGACAAUGCUGAAAUAUCGUCGAUAAGUUCGAUAGACGGUCAGGUAUCACCGUCGAUCAGCUCCGUCGACGAGGCUUUAUCGCCAUCCGUAAGCUCAUCAGAUGGAAGCCUCUCGCUCGCGUCGUCUGCGAGCUCCGAUGACACGAAGCCUUCAUCGGUGGGCUCGCUUGACGAUCAGCCCUUUUUGAGCGACGGCGAUGUCCUCUGUGCCUGGUGGACAAAGCUUGCGGUCUCACAUCUGCCGGCCAGCUCGCGGCGGACGAUAUGUCUCAACAAUGCAUAUUCAUUGCGUUCGGCGCUUGCCGACGACCUGCUGCCGAGCGGAAGGCCAUACAUCUCCAACGCCGUCGCCUUCGUCAACGUGUUGCUGCCCCUGGAUGACAUCGUGAGCAAGUCGCUCGGCCACGUAGCGUCCACGAUCCGGCAGGCGAUCAAGGAGCUGGGUACUCGGAAUCAGGUCGAAGCCUUCACCGCCAUGUGGCGCGAGUCGUCUGCCAAGCUGCCGCCUUUCUUUGGCGACAGUGGCAUGCACAUGGUAACCUUCUCAAACUGGAGCAAGGCUCGGCUGUUUGAAACGGACUUCUCCGCGGCCCUCGCCAACCCCGGGCCUGCCGAUGAGAAACGAAAGCCUGCCAGGCCAUCUUAUAUCCAGAAUUGCCAGUUCGGAUUGUGCCUUCCGAACGGAUUUCCCAUCAUUGGCAAGGACAACGAUGGUAAUUACUGGUUGUCUGGCUAUAUGAACAAGGGUCACUGGGAACAGGUUGACAAGCAACUUGCGCAGCUACCGCGAAACUCAUGA